UCUCUCUCUCUCUCUCUCUGUAUGUGUGUGUUUGUGUGUGUGUGAAAUCCAAGUUGGUUCUUAUCCAUUCUCACCCCAACACCAGCCCCCUUCCCCUUUUCACUUCAGUUCUAGCCGGUGAAUGACGCUUAUAGUUUCAUACAUUUCUUCUGGUGUGGUUUCCUAUACGCAAACGUGUCGGGGUUUAACGCCCAUAUCGACACACUUAUGUUAUCCAAGAGGCGGGGCCUCCGAAUUUAACGUCCAUUUCGUAUAGGACAGAGCCAAGUGAGUUAUCAGAGGCUCGAAAACUCGAUCCACAACACAUUCCGAGUUCAAGAACACCUGGUCGGGGAUCGAACCAUGGCCAUCCGCUCCGUAAUCUGAAGUCCAGCAUGAUAGCAACUGAGCUAACGGAGCGCCUGGUUUCGUUCAUUCAGCCUCUGCUCGUUUUCAUUCAGUGUCCAGCGCACUGACCUUGUAUGAACUUCAGUCGCUCUGAGCAUCGCAUUCGUUCUUCUGCUUGGUCACCGUCAUCAGAUAAUUUAGACUGGAGUAAAGGCCUUGACGUAAAGCUUUGGCCUAUUGAGAAAAAGAAACGUGCCGCUAGUCGCGAAAUUUUGAACACGUGACAUCUCCCCUGAGUGGCGAUUAGUACCGAGAAAACACGAACGUCUCCGACUCCGAACGUGCUGCUGUUUUUGAUGUGAAUAGGCCCAUCGAUUGAAAACAACGUUUUCCACUACGAACGUUUCAAUGGCGUGAAUGGAUUGCCACGGUUUUGCUGCUGAAACAUGAAUUUAGGUAAAUUUUGAAGUUCCAGUACUGGGGGCAAGUGGAUCAUGAUAUACAUGUGUUUUGUGGCAGUGAAAGGUUUUGAUGUAGCCAAAUGGUUACGUUAUGCAUAGCAUAGAGGAAAGGAAGUCUGAAGUGUCAGUACUUUGAAACAGUGAUGACAGAGUUGUUUGGUUCUGGCGUGUGCUUUUUACCCUUUCAUGGAAAGUUUUCAAGAAUCAUCUUAAGGGUUGCGAUGGAUUUCUGGAAACAGCCACUUGAACCUUUGGAAGUGUAAUUCACUGUAUCCAAGACUUCCAGCUAUUACUAUGGCAGAGGAGGAUGGCCAGUAUGGAGCAAAAGUGUCACAGGCCAGCCUCCCUCCCUUCAGUUCCUUCACCCCAUCUGUAGGGCUGGUCCCUGGGGAUGUGGGCUACAGAGGUGGCAGAAAUCUGCAGCAACAUGACCUGUAUGGCUCUGUGGCACAACAGGCUGCUGUGACAGGUUUUCAACCACCUGGAGUGCAGUCUGUCAGUCAGUCAAGUGGGUUUCACAGUCCGUUAAGCGUCCCCUCCCACUACCAACCACCUGUACCUGUUAAUGAGGCGGCUGGCUUGUCCCAGCGUCCAGGGCAGUUAUAUCAAGAGUACGGAGGCACGCCUGCUUUGAAUUACAACAAUAACAACAACAAUGGUAGCAGCUUGGACCAGUCAAUAGUUCAUACUACAGGCAAUAGCAGCACUAGUUUUCCUCAGCAGUCUGCUGUUCCCCGAGCUUCUUCGUCUGUCAGUCAUGCUUUCCCAUACAGCCACCACCCCCAUCCCAACAUGUUGACCACUCAGCCACGGUUUUUUCCACAUUCACACCGGGUGCCUGCCAGCAGCCAGCAGUCUUUAUUGCACAGUGAACAGAUGAUGAUGCCCAAUUCUGUGAAUCCUCUGCCUUAUCAGAUCCCUCCAAACCAGAUAGAGCCGCCAUAUCUCUCAACUGCCCAUCAACAUCAUCAUCCACCACCAACACCCCGUCAUCACUUUCCUCUGUCCACACCACCUCAGACUCAACAUAAAUUUGCCGGUGCUCAUCAUCAUUCAUCUGAAAUGCCUGCUGAAACGCAGCAGCAGCAACAUCAGCAACAGCAACAGCAGCAGCAGCAGCAGCAACAGCAGCAGCAGCAAAGUCGGUUACCACCAUUUUCCUUAUUUUCUGCACAGCAUGUGAGUGAUAAUCAUGAACAGCAAGCAUAUUCAGUGCCUAGUAACAUAAACAUGAACCCCUCGUACCCGUCAUUGGGCAGCAAUGGGCAUAAUCCACAUAGCAUCCAAGACCAUAGUCCAUCUUUAGGGGCUUCUUUUACGUACAAUUCCUAUCCGCCUCACCAAAGUCAUGUUCCCCAUUGGUGCUCUCAAGAUAAUAUCACCCAACUGUAUGAUCAGAGCUCUAAGGCUUAUCGUAGUAAUGUACAUUUGGGAGUGAGUCAGCAGGCCCAGGUUGGGCAACAGCAGUAUUCCUUUCAAACUGGACUGCCAAGUCCUCAUACGAACUUUUCUCAGGAAUUUCAGAGCACCAGUUGUGUGCCCAAAUCAAAAGCAGGGCCUGUUGCUCAAGUAUUGGUGCCAGUGAAGGAAAAAAAGGAGAACAAAAAAGCAGCACCAAAGAAAAAAGUUAAGAGUAAAAAAAAUCAAAAUCUGCCUGAUGUAAGUCUUCAGGUAGAUUGUGGAGGAACUACUGAAGAGAACAGACCUCAGAGUUCAUCUCCCAAUCCUUGCUUUUCUCCCACAUUCCUCGCCAGCUUGUCCUCAAAACGUGCUCCUGAACCACCAAUAUCACAUCCCAUAUUACCAUCGGCCCCAGUUUCCUCAAGCUCCCCACAACAGACGGCAGCACCCCCCGUCCUUUUAAAGUCUGAUCAUCUCAAGCCUUCAGUGCCUUUGUCGAAUGCAUCCAGCAUCAGUGCGGAAAACAACAGUAACAGCCUUGACCGCACAGCUGCUGGAGUAAACCUGACCAAAUGUCCAGCAGAUGAUGAUAAGUCAUUCAGACCUGUUACUGGAUCUAGCAAUGUCCCAGCGCAGAGUGAGCAAACCAGCAGCAGUGAGGCUGGCAAGUGUAAUCCUGGUCUUGUGUUGAAUAUUUCCCAGCGUGAGGAAUCUGUGUCACCUUUUCAACUCUCACCCACUUUCUUAGCCAGCCUCUCUGCAAAAAGAACAGAUGAUGUACAGGACACUGAUCAAGUCCCAACUUCAGCUGCCCAGUUAAGUGAUGUUGCUCAGACAUUGUCUUGGAAGCAUCCAUUAGGUUGUGACACUAAUGUUGGAGCUGCUGAAAGUCCUGCUGUUCCAAGUUUGUGCCAGUUUCCUGGUGUACCAGCAUCAGGGUCUGAUCAUUUGAGAGUGUCUGUGCAGUCACUGGAUAAAGAAAAUGAAGUUGUUUUUCGAGAUAAAUCACCGUCACCGAAUCCAAUUUCCCCACGCUUUCUUGCCAGUUUGUCGGCAAAGAAAGUGCCGUCGGUAGUAACUAGCCAGUGCCAUACACAAUCCAUUCCAGGCAGUACUGUGCCACCAUGCCCCAGUAAGCAACUCAAAUCGAAAGAGACUACUUCUGUUGCAACAUCAGAAGCCACCAUUGUCUUUCAGUUGAAUUCUCCGAAGCCUUAUGUGUCCCCUCCAUCACAUCUGCAAGGACCAGAGUUCCAAUAUCCUACACCUCCCAUGGAGGAUGACGAGGCAAAGGACCAGUUUCCUGUCUCCGAUUCUUUCUCUGCCCUCUCACCUUACCCUGUGCAAAAGGUGCAUCAAAGCUCAAAAGAAGAAGUCAAAAGCAGCAUGUUGUCAAUAGAGGAGACUUACUCCCUGCCCACCCCUCCUAGCAGUGCUGGACCAAAAUUUGCCAACCCUAUGGAGAUAGCUCUAUCCAAAGAUGCUCAGACGAACAGAAUUCUAGAGAUCAUUGCUAGGGAAAAAGAAAAAGCUGCUAAUACCCCACUUACUCCUGCUGUGGAGCCAAAGAAGAAGAAGAAGAAGAAAAAGAGUAAGGCUCAAGGAGAUGAAGACAGAGGGAUCUUCAUUCCAGAAGGAACAGGGUCUGGUGACUGUCAGGUGCCUCAUGGUUUGGUAAAUGGGAGCAGCCUUGUUCAAUCAGAUCCACUUUGUCCUGGAGGUCAGCCAGUUGGAAAUGUUGGAACUACUCCUGCUGGCAAUAUGAACAGGCCUACAGAAUUUCACCAGAGCGCUGCCAAUUGUGCUCCUUAUUUAAGUCAAAACUUUCCCCCUCCGGUAAUUAAACAACUAGAUAAAGCACCCGAGCAUAAUCUCUCCACUAGCAGUAGUACAAAAAACCCUGAUCAUUUUAUUCCUUUUGAUAAUCAUCCUGACCAGAACUUAAAAUCAACACAAUACCUUUUAUCUCAUCCCACCACAAACCGUGAUAAUGCCCCAUUACAGCAGUGUUCUGAAAUGCCUGGCUUUGUGCCACCACCCAAUUCCAUCAAUCAUGUUGGUGACGUGCAUGGCCAUACCUUUCCCCAGAAAGUUUCACCAAUAAUGCAGGCUCGUCAUUUGAAUUCAUCAAAAUAUCCUCAGUCUCAGGAAAUUCAGGCUGUGUCCCCUCUCCCCAGGGCACCUGUGAAACAUGAACCGUAUGCGUUCAGGGACAAUAAUUUCCUCGAGUCAAGUAAAUCUGUCCCAACUCAAAAGCUCAAUGUGCAGGACUCUGAAGUUACUACCCUUCAAUCGCUGAAUUCACGUGGUGUAGGUUUUGGGCAUGAGAAGGUCGGUAGUCAGAAGACUAUCCAACAAAUUCUAAAAAAUGGUGACUUUCUGCACUCAUCUGACAGAAAGCAAGCAGAAGGGCCGAGUCAGGAACCACAACUCUUUCAGAAACAGAAAUUUGAUCUAAAGUUUGAUAAUGGUGUUCAGGACUGUAGUGGUCAGAUUUUUCAAAAGAAUGGAAAUAUUUGCCAGGAUAGACUUUCGAUGUCUGACCUGGUGAAGAAAACUGCCAUGAGAGGAGAACAAGAUUUUCAACGUGGUUCUUUGAAAGCAGAAAAUUUACUCUCAGGGAUUAAAUACACAAACGCUUAUCAUGCUGCAGAGCCACUUUCUUUACCUGGACAUCCUCAAAAUCUCCCAUUUAGUGCCGUUUGUGGUAAUGAUAAAAGAAAUGAAAGUUCUAAACUGUCAGUGGACGGAAAGAUCCCAAAGAAAAAACGAGGUCGUCCAACAAGACCCUCAGGCGUUGCUAAUCCACUGUUGGGAAACAAGAAGCCUUCGCCUCUAAAGCACAAAUUGGAUCCUUAUCAGACCAUUCCACAAAGUUCAACCCAAAACCGUGUACAGUACCAAGUGAAUGGCAACAAUGUCAAGGCUGAAGAUGUCAAGGUCAGUCCAGAUUUGGUAGAGCGACUCACUAACAACCUUGUGGAAGUUGCUGACUGCACAUGUCUCGGGCCAGACCAUGUACCUUCAGAAUCGACAGAAGGUCCAUAUUACACCCAGUUAGGGGCUGCAAAAGAUAUUCCAGGAAUACGAAAGAUUCUGGAGCAUAGAACUGGUGUGGCAGGCUCAGCUAUUCGUAUAGAGAAGGUUAUCUUUACGGGGAAGGAGGGAAAAAGUAAAGAAGGCUGUCCUGUGGCGAAAUGGAUAAUUCGCCGUUCUGGGCCACUUGAAAAAUAUCUGUGCAUAGUGAGAAAAAGGCCUGGUCAUUUCUGUAACACAGCAGUCAUCAUAGUGGUUAUUGUGGCCUGGGAGGGUGUGGUCAGACAGCAGGCGGAUGACUUGUAUGACUUCCUGAUCAACACACUACCUAAGAGUGGUUUCGAGACUGACCGGCGCUGUGGCCUCAAUGAGAAGAAGACAUGUGCCUGCCAGGGGGUGGACUUGCUGCGUAGAGGAGCCUCUUUCUCCUUCGGCUGUUCCUGGAGUAUGUAUUACAAUGGUUGCAAGUUUGCUAGGAGUCAGUCAGCUCGCAAGUUCAAGCUGAAAGAAGCUUCUUUGGAAGAUGGACUUGAUCAACGUUUGCAGACUUUAGCAACAGAUGUUGCUCCGUUGUACAGCCAGUUAGUUCCAGAUGCGUUUCGCAAUCAGACCCAGUUUGAGAGUCGUGCCAGUGACUGCCGUCUGGGCUACAAGCCAGGCCGUCCCUUCUCUGGGGUGACCGCCGUGGUGGACUUCUGCUGUCACAGCCACAGGGAUGGGCACAACAUGAACAAUGGAGGCACAGUGGUUGUGAACUUGACAAAGCAUCGAGGCCCAGGGAAAGCAGACGAUGAACAGUUCCACGUGUUACCUCUGUACAUCCUAGACCAAACAGAUGAGUUUGGCUCUAUGGGGGCUCAGAUGAACAAAGUACAGGCUGGGUCCUUGGAGGUUUUGUCUCAGUACAAGACUCAAAUUCGAUUUAGAUCAGCUCCCUACAGGCCAUGCAAGAGAAAUCGAACACUGGGGAAGAAAGAAAAGACUCCAAAAAAGAUGAAGAUCGGCAAAUCAAAGUCUUUCCCUUUGGAGAAAGCUACGGACCAGAAAAUGGGUUCUACGUGCAACGGGACUCACCCUUACCAUCAUGAUGUGAGUCCUCCUAAGAAGCAAUACCAAAACAAUGAUGUGGAACCGUUGAUGAGGAGUGGAGAUCAAGAGAGGAUGUCUUGGCCAGAACUCAUGUCCCAGCAAGGCACACCAGGCUUUAAUGAGCUCUACACCAGCUUCUGGGAUUAUUUUUAUACCAACGGAGUAUUUCCUCCCAAGACAUGGGUAUCUUCUUCCCCUGUGUCCCUGCAGAGACCCCCAGCAGGCAAGAGGCAGCCCUCAUUUUCUAACAGCACCUCAACUUCUUCUUCGGCAGCAGGCCCAUCUUGGGUUGUUCAUCAACCAUCAGUCGCAGAUCAAAUGUAUCUUCAGCAGCAAUGGCAGCAAAAUCAGAUGAAUCAAAGGCAGCAGCAGAUGGGUGGGUUGGACCAAAUGAACAGCCCACCAUCUGAAACUCCUCAGCAUGCUCCAUCAUUGUCAUCGUCUCUCGCAUCACAACCACACUCUGGAUUAUCCCCACGACCAAUGGCCAGUUUGAGGACUUCUGUCUCUUCUGCAUCUGUGUCCACUUCAAAUAAUUUGCCUUUUCCAGCAGAGCGGCAGCACCCACAUCAAUUCCAGUCCAUUCCUAAUGUUCAGAAUACACCAAACUUGGAGGCAUCAACAAAUAAAGCUUUAUUUCGAUCGCUCAGUUUACCGUCUCCUCGCCCUCUGACACCUUCGGUGCACCCUCCUCCUGUCGCAAAGUUGGGGAUGCCACCAAUUUCAAGCACACCCCGCCCUGUUGUUUAUCAUGACUCAGUUCAGCUCCCCGACACUGCCAACACUCCACUUCAACAAGAUUUUGACCACACAUUCACACAUCCCAAAAGACAAGACUUUCCACACACAGCCACACUACCAUCUAUGCUGUCUCAGCCAGGACAAGACUUUCGAGGCAAUACAUUACCGUCCAUGCAGUCACUGUCAGAUCAAGAAAGGAGGCCACAUGCUCAAACAAACAACAUGCAACUCGCCACACAGUACAACCCUGGUACAGCAGGGCAGGACCUGACUGGUGCAGAUCAAACUGCUUUGACACAGAAUAGGGAGAAUUACUCUCACGUUCAGCAAAGACAGGAGCGUAGUUACGUAGGAAGCGCUCAUGAGCAGAAGUCAGGGGGUCAGGAUAACUCUGUAACUUCUUCCCAUCAGUUGAAUAAGAGUCCAGGCAAUAAUUCUCUGUCAAAAACUGCAUCUACUGGAAGACCUCCUCCUCCUUAUUGUCCUCCAAACCAUUCCCAGUUGUCAUCCAUUCCUCAAAAUGUUAGUGAGCCUGUGCAUUUUGGGGAGCCUUUACCUACCUACAGGGAAAGUGUGGCCCACACUCUAUGUAGUAGCACUGGCCUGUAUCGCAGUUUGUCGCUGCAGGAACCAGUGAAAUGUAGGGAGACUUUGGUGCAGAGUGGUUCUAUUCCGGAGCCAGUUAGUUCUGGGGACAUUUCAGCCCACCCCCAACAGCCUUCCCGCCCUAACACCAGCCUGGGCCUACAAAGUGGUUUGUCUAGAUCGUCUUCUAGAGCCUCUACGUGUUCUGGUGUGCCAGAAUAUCAACAACAUGCAGACAGUUCUUUGUUUAGACAUGCAGAUCCUGACAGUGUUAGACAGCUCUGCUCUCCAUCACAAGCCUCUAUCAGUGGCAGUUCAAAGUUCCUGUUUGAAGAUAAAUUUACCAGUUUGCCCAAUACUAAUGGUGGUAGGUGCUUGUCCAGGCUCAGUGAACCAUGCGGGGAUGGUCCUUCAUCCAGGCCUGCAUCUUGCUUUAGUGAACCCGGCGUGUCGGAGCAUGUUCACAGGAAAAAAGUAAAAACGAAUUUGAUAGCUGCCGAUCUGUUGACAGGGCGAUCUUGUGGAGAAAUUAAUAAGCUCUUGCAGUCUGCUCAUAGCCAGAACUCUAUCCCUGUGUCAUAUUCAAGUUUUUGCACUUCAUUAUCUAAAAAUGAAAACUCUCCCAGCUGUAAUGAAGAACAAGGCAAUCAGAGUUUUGUUAAGCAAGAACCAAGGGAGGAAAAUUUCGUAAGUCAACUUCCUCAGGCUCUUCAGCAAAUUAAGAUAGACCCUCUUGACAAAAAAUCAUUGCACAGUCAAGCAGUGCUGCCGGCACAAAUGCAGCAGACAUCACAGCAGGUGUCUGGCACAAUCUUUUCUCAAGGUGUCGAUUGUGGGCAGAAGACCGAGAACAUUACCGUAGUUCACACAGAUGCGGUUUCGAGGGUAUCCGAGUGUCUCCCUCUCAAAGGAGAACAAAUGUUUCACCAUGAGCAGCAACCCUAUGCUACUCCCACCUCUACUGUUGUCACUGUAGGUGGCACUGGUGUCAGUGUCCACCCAGAUGGGCCAAUGUUUGGGGAGAAGGUUAAAGUUCAUAAGUCGGAGGGGUUUGUUGUGCCUAGUAAUGUAGAAGGCCCACUGGAGCCCCCCUAUAAGGUCAUUGACUCCUCUGUUGUGGUCAGUAAGGAGAUUAACGACAAUCGUGAAGUGUUUGAGGACCCGGCCAUGGGUGGAGUGGCCAUUGCUCUGUGCCACGGUGCUGUCAUCUUUGAAGUGGCAAAACGUGAGCUGCAUGCAACCACUGCUCUGAAAGAACCCAACAGAUACCACCCGAAGCGCAUCAGCUUGGUUUUUUACCAACACAAGAACUUGAACCUAGCUCGACAUGGCUUUGAGGAGUAUGAGAAGAAAACAGAGGAGCGAAAGAGUCUUGCGGAGCAAGCCAAACUCAUAGAAGAAUUAGAAGCAAAUGGUUUCUCAAAAGGAGAGCUAAGUCAACUCUCUUCUUUCCCCAGUCUAACUAAAGGUUCCUUUGGGAAAGUAUUUAACUUCUCAGAAGCAAAAGAAACUGUAUUUCCUUUACGGUUCCCUCGUUACUUGGACAAUUCCCAAUUAGAGCAGAUCACACCUGUAAUGUUUGCAUGCAUGUACAUCGCUUUCCCGAAGUAUAUGAAAGAAGCAUUUCCAAAAGUCUCCUGUCUGCCUAGGCUCACCAAUGGCUACUUUUCCAGUAAGAUGAGCUCCACUCUGGCAGACUUGCGCAUCCAGGAAAACUUGAAAAACUCUGAGUCAAAGACAAAACCGUUGAAGUUCCAGGUGGAUGAUUUAGAGAAGUCUGGUGGUUCAUACAGGGAUUUACACUCUGCGUGGGACCCAAAUGCAGUUGAAGGCUUUUCCCCGACAACGAACACAAUCGUGACACGGUGGGUGCACCAAGAUACUAGUGUCACGGGGCCAUACAACCAGUGGAUUGAGCUUCUCAACCUGUCAGACGAGAACAGUGAGGAAGCAGAGGCCAUGAAAGAUGCAGUGCUCAGAGAAGCCACAGAGGCAGAUUUGAAAGAGAAAAUGUUGGAGAGUGUUCUAGAGAUGGAUGAUCAUCUGUCGUCUGGAAAGGUUGAUUUUCAAAUUGGAGACAUAACCCCCAGUUUGCCACAGGCUGCAGAUUUUUCUUCUGAUGAAGAUAUAAAAUUUCUAGAGUUUGUUGCUCAAAGAGAGAAUUUACAGCCCAGUUAUGGUAAACUGGGAUCUUCCAACACAUCAUCAGGGCAUGUUCAUGGUUUUCCUGAGGGAAACAUGGAGUUUUCAGCAUCGGUAACUCGGAGAGGUGACACACAAUCCAGCAAAGAUGGACAAGGACAGUCAAAUCUUUCAUCUCUAGGACAGGUUCACAGUUCACAGGUUUCGUCUCCUUGGCCCACUUCUCUGCCUGGUCAUACUGUUGUGUCAGUCUGUCCUACCACUUCUAAUGUUGCGGUGGAUCUGAACGGACUUGAGAAAUUCCACUGCAAUAAUUCACAGCCUUUGAGAAGUGAUGUUCUCUCCGAGAUGACAAAAGAUUGCUCAUUCACCACAAAGAUGACACAUGAAAAUUCUUUAGCAUUGAGAUAUUCUGUCAAUGAAAGAACUCAGGGAGUGCAGUAUCCUUCAAAUGCUCAACUUUCUCAUGCAGAUAUUAACGAUGGAGUGAUGCACAAAUCAGAAACUGAACCAGGACUAGAUCAUGCAAGUAUUAGUAGGGCAGGCAGGAAUGAGGGCUUUCCAUCCCCAAGUGGUAAUGGGACCAACCAGGUUGUCAUGAGCCGGCGGCAGAGCAUGUACGAGUUUCUGGUAUCGGGUUUCAAGGAGCAGAGGUUGCCUAAACCUCACACAGUCAACUUGUCGCUCAUCCCAGACCCGGUGGAUCUGGACCAGUCUAUGUGUGUUGGCCCAUCCGGGAGUGCAGCAAAGAAGGCCGAGUCCACUGUGAGGGUGGGUCAGGUGGCAGACCUUACUGAUGGGAAUGGCAAAGUGCUGACUUCUUCAGAGCCAGGGCUAGAUCCUAAUGAACUGUCUCUUAAAGCUGAGUGUGAAUGAAGUUCCUGUGGAAUGCGGCAGCUGCAUUAUUUUUUAAGUGGUCAACUUUAUGAAAGCAGAUGCAGAGUAAAUUUGUUUAAUUUUUACUCUACAUGCAUCAUUUUACUGAAUUUGAUUACUUUUUCCAGCUUUUCUUUAAAAUCUAUUGUAAACUGGCACUCGUACCCACUACAUAUCCUGUUAAAAAUUAGAGUACAUUUUCUUUCUCAGGCUUGGCUCGGCUCCAUUGAUAUAUAUAAACACAUCCAUGGAGAUUUUAUUACUGUUUUCAUUGCAUGAAGUGGAGCUGGUUGCCAUCUGAACAAGACUAGUUUUCCCAAGGAUACAGCUCUGCCAGAAAUUGCACAUAACCUCCAGUAUAAAUGGUUUUCCUGACCACACCGUCAUGGAAAGUAUCGACCCUCAACCUAAAUAUAUGUCUUGCUUGUUGGUGAAAUCAGGAGCUUGUCACAAAACAACGAAAUUGGAGAAACUUGCAUAUUUCUUCCCCUAGACCAUUUUUUUUUUUCCAGAUAUUUUGUUUUGGGCUCAACACUUUUAUUUGUCCAUUUAUAAAAACAUUUUUGGGUAGAUUUUACUGAAAUAAGUUGAUCCCAGGCACACACAAAAAUGUAAAUAUGCAGUUUCCUAGGAUAGUGAAGCUCACCAAAAUUUGACUGCCAUUUUCUCGCUUAUUUUACAUAUAUAUAUAUCUCUCUUUGACACUGACAGCAGGCGAUCCCCUCCUUAAAAACACAAAUAUUUCAACUUUAUGCAAGAUAAAUGGAAUUUUUUUUUUCAUCUAAAGCAAGGCAAAUGAGGCGGCCUUAAGAUUACACCAAUAAUUUCGUACAUCCAAAAACUGACAAGCACCUAAUGCCAGUGCGUUGUGAGACACUGGAGACACUGAGCUACAGCAGUCUUCCUCAGCCAUGGCUCAAGCCUCGGCAAGCUUUCCCACAGUUCUGAGCCCAGGAAGCAACAUUUUUCAGGGGAGAGAAAAAAUACUUUCAAUUUGUUUUUUUUAAAAAGUACCUGCACUAUUUUCAACGUUUAAAAUUUGAAUUUCAGCAGAAUACUUGUGGAGCUCAUGCAACUGGUUAGUGAAAAAGAAAGUACCUCGAUCUCAUUUAAAAUUAGAGGUAGUUUCAUGUUAAGCUUUUCCUGAUACUUAUGUUCAAAUAGCAGUAGUUGUACUUUGUCUUCUCCAUGACCUUAGGGUGUGUUCUGACUCGCUAUGCAAAAUAUUCUGUGAUGCCACAGGCAAUGGUUUACUCUGUUUCGUUGUUGGAAUUUCAGUCGUGUUCUGUUUCACAGAAGCACUUUGAUAUGAUUCAGAUUGUAAACCCCAAUACUUGGAAUGGCUUUUUGUGCUGUGCAAGGUGCGUAUAAGAUUUCCGCCAAGUUUAUAGACCUGCCACACUUUGGCCUUCUGACAAUAAAUAGGGCAGCGUACGUAUAUCUAGUUCUGUUCCCAUUUUCCUACCCAGUGCAAUAAUUGCCCUCCUUCAAAGUAAGAUUCAUAUUUAAUUUUUACAUCCUGAGAAUUAUUUUAUUUCUUUUACCUUUGUACUGAGCCUGACCGGUGUAUUCAAAAUGUGUACCUGGAAAGUGUAUUGGAACAGAAAACUCUUUGACUGCUGUGUGGUCAUCAUAACUUGUUUAAUGUAUCAUGUGUGCAUGCUGUCGUAAUGUGUUAAGGCAUUUCAAUGUGGUGGCUGUGGACAAGUAACAGGUGAAUACAUAUCAUAGUAAAGUUCUUCUACUUCUACCUGUAUGUUUGUAACAUACAAGAAUUAUUCUACAAAACGUCUGUUGUUGGUAUCAAAAAGAUACUCCAUGUAAACAUUGGCCUUUGGUCAUACAUGAGUAUGGUGAUCCUUUGGUCAUACAUGUCGAGUAUGAUGAUGCUUGAAAGAACAGUUUAUUUGGUUUUGAUCAACUCCUUCCCCUCUGAAAUGGCGUUUUUCUCAUGGUAUAUGGAUAUCAGUCUUGUUGUGACUACGUCUGACAAGGGUUGCUUUAUUUGUAACAGAGAACACUGUCUAAAUCUAUAGUUUCACCUUAAUUGAAUGUAUGGGAGCUUCUAUAGCCACUUUUUAGCUAGCACCAUGAAGAUGAUUUUGAGGUUUGUGCCAUAACAUGUGUUACAGAUGCAUCUGAUACAACAUGAAUGUGUGUGAUUUAUGUCUUGCUGAACAUUUGUACUCUCAUAGCAUAUGUGUCUGGGAGGAGCAAGACUGAUGUUGAGGGCAUACUAGAAUGAUGUAUACCGUACUUUUCCCAGUUUUAUUUUGUUCCCAGAACUUUUGUUGGCUUGAAUUUGGCAGAUGAGGCAUGUUUUAUUUUAUAAGAAUGUUACCCCGAAUUUUGUUUUCGAACUUUACAUUUUGUCAUUAGUCAGUUAGAUCAGCGUAUAUCACGAAAGAUUUUCUUAGCUUAAUAAGUCUCUCUCCUUUGGGCUAGGAGAGGAAGUAUAAUGAAAUUAAUUUUAGUUCUUACAUUUUCUGUUCUGUCUGAUUCAACUUAUGUGCCAUAGUAAUUAGAUACAGCUAUAAUUGUUUAGCUGCACUCAUUUUAUUUCCGUUUUUGGAAAGUGAGUUUUAGAAGCAAUUUCUUUUUGUUUUAGAGGUCCCCUAUUUUCAUCUAAUAUUUUUGUUGUGAUCGUUCAGUAGCUAGAUUUUUAAAUAUUAGUUCCAUCUCUGACCUGAUUUUUGUUGGUGUCUUUUCUCACCUGUUCAAGUUUUUUAAAAAUGUUUUUAGGCAGAUUACUAGCUAUUAAUAUAUACCUGACAGUAUAAUACAUAUAUAUAUAUAAGAGCUAUUGCCAAAAGGUGGGGAGCGCAUGGGGGUCUUGGAAGCCAUGAAAUAUUGUUGAUCAAUUUGCAUGAAUCUUUGUCUUAGCAUGAAGCACACACAUCCAUCUGUUCAUAUGGUCAACAAAUGACAGAGCUAGUAGUCAAACGGUCUCUGAGAUAUGACGGUGUCCGUUGUUGAAAUAUAUGCUAAAUGACUUGUACAUAAGUGAUGACAAACAUUUAUGUAAAAAACAAUUACAUUUCAAUUGCAUUGCCAGAGCCAACUGUAUUCAUUAUUAUAACAAACUCACAGAGACAGAUAACAUGAAUAUAAAGUGGUAUUUGUAUUUGUAAAGACUCAAUAUUUUGUCAUCAUGGUAAUCUAUAAUAUUAAAAACUGUUAUUUUUGCCACUGUUUUAUUUUAUAGUGUAGAUUUUCCCCACAUUUUGGCGAAUGCUCAUAUUUAUAUACUUUAUGCAUAUUAAAUACACACACACAAAAACGCACACAUUCACAUACACACUCACACACACACACACACACAUAUAUAUAUAUAUAUAUAUACAUAGUGAAGUCUGCUUAAACUUAAGCCUGCAGGACUGGCGGAUACUCUUUAGUUUAGCUAUGUUUUCAGUGCAGAGAGGUUGCUUAAAAAGAAAAAAUAUCAGGGAUUUUCUUUUCCUUCGGUUUACCACUGCUUUCAAUUUAACCCUGCUUGGUUCAAGCGGACUCCACUGUAAACUUGAGUUUGUGUGUGUGUGCAGGUGAAAUUGCUAAAACCUAAAAAAAAAAGGUGAAGUCAUCCUUUUUUUUAUGUGAAUGAUGUGUUAAAGUGCUCCUCUGUGAGAGUGCGAGACAUUUUUAUAUGAUACUGUACUUUGAGUUUUAUACUUUUACACUGAAUCAAUGAAUGCUGUGUUGAAAUUGUAUUUAACUGAGGCAAGAAUGUUUGAACUGCACCCCGUAUUGCAUUGUGAUAGGAAGUUGCAAGUACUUGUUUUACCCACUUUGUUUUGUUUUUUAUUUGUCCUUUGUUUUGUUCAUGAAAUGAAUUAUUGUAAAUACACUUUGGUGGAGAUAUUUUCCUUAUACUUGACUUAAAUUUACAAGUGGCAGUUGAGAGGAGGGACUGAGACCGUCUCAGUGAUACUGGGGCUGUCCACUGUUUACACAUCACUGGUAGAGAUUGGAAUGUCACCUUUUGUCAGAUGGUAAAAGGUGCAAAUAUUUGCCAUAACAGGUGCCUACGUAGUGUCAACACAUCUGUAACAUUCUCAGUCCUUUCAGUUUUUGUAGAUGAAAAGAGAGUCAUAACUGAGUGCAAAUCGGGGGACUGGAGUAAAAGCGACUGAGAGUUCAUAGUUUGACCCUGUAGUAUUGUUGUAGUAGUUGUAGUAGUUGUAGUAGUAGUAGUAGUUGUAGUAGUAGUAGUUGUAGUAGUUGUAGUUGUAGUAGUAGCAGUUGCCCUGCAGAACUUCUUUUUUUUUUUCAUCUAAACCUCAAACACAAACUUAGAAACUCAAAAUUAUCACUCUCUAACAGAAUAAUGUGGAAACAUUCAUCUUUCAGUACUUAUAGUCUGUGGUUAGCGGCUUGAGAUAAACAGGAAGUCAUAUUAUUGUAUCAAAUGUUAGCAAAAAAGCAAAAUUGAUAGCAGUCACUGUUCAACCCGUCUCAGCUCCAACUGACCCCAAGCUGAGGAAUCCUGCAGCGGUGGUGGGGGAUGAGUCACUCUUAUAAAAAGAUUAUUCAAAGGCAAAGAAUUGUACAGAAAGUGGUGUCAAGGACCAGUAGUUUUAAUACUACAGUCACCUAGCCUCAAGAUGUAUGUAUAGAUAUUGGACAGCUCAGUUGUGAUGGUAAAAGUGCUGCUGUACAAUUGGUUUCUUGUGGUGGCCAGACGUGGCAGGCUAUGUCAUGGAGAGAAAAAGAAAACAAAUGUGGCUGAUCUCACUACCACAACUAUACUUUAUGAGGCAAUACAUGGACCAGGUCGGUGGGAAAUUGCUUGUAUAAUCUUUGUAUGUUUUUCUUUGUGUCAGAUUACUGGCAAAAUCUAGUGGUCCAGUGUGAUUUAAGAAAUUGUACAUAAUCAAAUUGUUUAUUUAUUGCAUAUUUUUAAAUUUCUAAAUUUUUGGGUUUUUGUUGUGUUUUUUUAAUCAUCAACUUUCCUACAUGUACAUGUGUGUGUAUUUACUGUUCAGAUGUUUACAUUGAUAUCAUGGAUUGUGCACUGAAGCAUCAUGAUUAUGGGGUUGCAUAAUAGAAAAUGUGGGAACCCUUCUAGCUGGCUUUGACGACCAUUGGUAUGAUUGUGUGGACAUCCCGACUGAUAGAAUAUUGGCUGGUCUGUGUCUAGUUGAACUUUUGUUUUCCUGUUGAGCAUGUGUCUUCAUUUUUGAGAGACCCAAAGGAAUGGAUGGUGAUUCUUAGUGUUAUGUAAAAGCAUAAGUUGUGUUCUUUCUGUUUUAAAUUAGGUGUUGAGGGUUUUGGUUUUAAUCACUAUCAGCUUUUUUUCUUUCAAUCGAUGCCACUAUAUUUGUCUCUAAAUAGUGUUAUCUCUAGGAAUAUUACAAAGGAUUUAUCAGUGACAUUUUCUUCAUGCCUCAGUCACUCCAGAUUGAUAGAUGUCUCUGUAAAACAGAUUAGUAGGACAAAGAGCGCAUUGGGCAAUGUUCGAAUAUAAUAUAUAUCAUUCAUGCAUUCUGUUCUCCGAAGAAAAAGAUGUUACAUGGAUCAAUAAAAAUUGUGAAUGCUUAUUUAAUUUUUUUAAACUGUCUCAUGCUUAGAUAAAACAGAGAGAAAUGGACUAGUUUUUCUCCUAAAACUUGACAAUUUGUUUGUGGAAAUUAGAUGAUUUAUUUUAGAUGAGUGUGGUGGUCAGUGGGUGAGACUUCAUACUUUGACCAUCCGUAUUAUUAAAAUCUUAAAAAUAAAAGUUUUUUUUUACCAACUUAUGACAGAAA